AUGGCAUACGACCGGUACAUUGCCAUCUGCAAACCACUGCAUUAUGAGAUAAUAAUGAACAGGAGAGCUUGCAUCCAGAUGCUUGCCUGUGCUUGGGCUGCUGGUGUCAUGUACUCUGCAAUGCACACUGGGAACACCUUUAGUCUCCCCUUCUGCCACUCAAAUACCAUCAACCAGUUCUUCUGUGAAGUGCCCCAGCUGCUCAAGCUCUCUUGCUCUGACACAUACCGCAGAGAGCUGGCAGCUCUUGUCUUCAGUUUGUGUUUAGUUUUAGGCUGUUUUGUUUUCACCGUUGUGUCAUAUGUUCAGAUCUUCACCGCAGUGUGGAGAAUCCCCUCUGAGCAGGGCCAUCAGAAAGCCUUCUCCACCUGCAUUCCUCAUCUGAUUGUGGUCUCCCUGCUUCUGUCUACUGGCAGCAUUUCCUACUUGAAGCCCGUCUCUGACUCCUCGUCCCCCCUGGAUCUCCUCGCAGCUGUUCUGUAUUCUGUGGUGCCUCCAUUGAUGAAUCCGGUCAUCUACAGCAUGAGGAACAGGGAGAUCCAAGCUGCCCUGAGGAAACUGCUGUACAAGACUUUGCACCUGGAGUGA